UGUGUGUGGUGGAUUAUAUCUUCUGGAGGUGUAAACUGAGGAAGGCGCUGCGUGAGGCUGGAUUAGACGCAGCUCGUUCCACUCCGGCUCGGAUUAAACCUCGGCCGAUAUUUACAACCUUUUGUUAUUUGAGCUGCUUCCAAACUCCAUGAUUUAUUUCCUCGUAAAAAAAAACACACACAAAUACACACAAGUGGGAGGUGUGUGCUAACCUCAUAUAAUCACACCAGGUGCCUGUUUUUUCAUUGUCCGCUGAGAAAAUCCUGAUUACUGAUGGAUUCAUGUGUGUGUGACUGUUUGUAGGUUAGUGAAAGAUUGCUGUGGCUGUAGAUAAGAGGAUUAUUGUGGAAUUAGUGUCAUUCCUCUAUAUCGCCGCGAGGAAUAGAUUCAUAUCGAUUUUAAUCAGAGAUAGAAAGAUCCACAAAACUGCAGAUAAAACAGACGCAGACAAGCUGCGAGAGAGAGAGAAGCUGGAGGGACCGAAGAGAGAUUCCUGGAGAUCCGCGGGGAUGUUCAGCUGGAGACCGGGGAGCUGCACAAACACCUGCUGCAGACACAUGUGAACAUACAAGUAGGAACAUAUGCAUUUAAGAGAGAACUUCAUGUAUUUGCCAUGUUUGGAAGUCUUGCCUACGUUCUGGAGCUCUCUGGUUGAGGAAAACUUCCAGCCACAGUGGGAUGUUUGACCACCAGAGUUAGCCUGCCGGGUGGUCUGGGCAGCCGACUGCAGGGACGUGGAGCUGUGGCCGGGAUGCUGGCGUUGCGUCAGUUGUGGCGGGGAAACCUGUGAAUCAUGAAAGUGGACGUGCUGACUUGCAUGGCUCUGGCCGUGGCCAGCCUCGUCGCCAUGGUGACCGGCGGCCGCAGCUCUGGACGCAGAAAGCACAAGGAGGUCUUCCUCGGGGAGAACAGGAAAUUCAAGUUUGGAGGACGUAUUGACUACAAACUGAAGAGGCAGGACAGCACCAAAACGCUGCUGAUAAAAAGUGAACAGCUGCUGAGGAUCGAGGAGCACGACUUCGCUAUGAGACCAGGGUUCGGAGGUGGAGCCAUCCCUGUAGGCAUUGAUGUGCAGGUGGAGAGCAUCGACAGCAUCUCAGAGGUCAACAUGGACUUCACCAUGACUCUGUACCUGCGUCACUACUGGAAAGACGAGCGGCUGGCGUUUCCAUCCAGAAACAAUCUGAGCAGGACGUUUGACUCCAGGCUUGUUAAGAAGAUUUGGGUUCCUGACGUCUUCUUCGUCCACUCCAAGCGCUCGUUCAUCCACGACACCACAAUGGAGAACAUCAUGCUGCGGGUCUACCCGGACGGAAACAUCCUCUACAGCGUCAGGGUCACUGUGACGGCUCUCUGCUCGAUGGACUUCAGCAGCUUCCCUCUGGACACACAGAACUGCUCGCUGGAGCUGGAAAGCUAUGCGUAUAAUGAAAACGACCUGAUGCUUUACUGGAAGAAUGGGAACGACUCUCUGAGGACGGAUGAGAUCGUCUUGUCUCAGUUCUUCAUUGAGCAUUUCCAAGCCUCCAGUGGCCUGGCUUUCUACAGCAGCACCGGUUGGUACAAUCGUCUGUUCAUUAACUUCAUCCUUCGGAGGCACAUCUUCUUCUUCAUGCUGCAGACUUACUUCCCCACCAUGCUGAUGGUCGUCCUGUCCUGGGUUUCUUUCUGGAUCGACAGGCGGGCCGUCCCUGCACGUGUCUCGCUGGGUAUAACCACAGUUCUGACGAUGUCCACCAUCAUCACAGGAGUGUCCUCCUCCAUGCCUCAGGUGUCGUAUGUCAAAGCCGUGGACAUCUACCUGUGGACCAGCUUCCUGUUUGUCUUCCUGUCUGUGAUCGAAUACGCAGCCGUGAACUACUGCACCACUCUGGAGGAGAUGAGGAAGAUGAAGAGGGGGAAGAUCCCAUCCACCUUUAACGCCAGCCAGGCGAUGGCCUUCGACGGCUGCUUCCAUGACAAUGACAUCGAGCUGUCUCCAUUCCCACGCUUGGCACCCACCCUGACCUCUGACCCCCUCACCACGCCAACCCAAACCCCGGACAUCCGGCCCACGGAGGGGACUCGCCUCCGCCGGCAGCGGUCUCUGCGUGAAAACGUAGACCUGCUGGUCAGCAAAAGCUACAUGAUUGACUCGUACUCCCGCCUCGCCUUCCCUCUGUUCUACCUGCUCUUUAACACCAUCUACUGGAGCCUGUACUCCUGAUCCAGCACUGCAUGAACUCUGGUUCGCUUUAACAAGAGUCCAAGUGUUGGAGGAGCCCUCCUCUCCACGGGGCUCUAACUCUUUAUCACACUUCAGCUCCAGCUUCAUCUCUAAUCAUGAACAAGAGAGAUAAAGACAUAAAAGCACUCGACUUCUCAGAGUAGUAAUUGUGCACAUCUUCACCCUGACAUUUGUCUCAUGGGAGCGGGCUGAGUGAUGGAUCCUGAGUUGUUUUUUUUAAUAAUCUGUACAUGUGACUCUUCUUUAUGUGCAUCAUAAGAAUCUUAUACUUAUUUCCAAAAGGUUAUUACACUACUGUCUCUACCGUAAUCUAUUUUGCUUAGCUGCAGGGAAAUACUAAAUUAGAACUGUAUGUGAAAAUGUUCUUUUUUGAUGAAUGAUGUAAGUGGAGCCAAGAAACUACUGUACAUUUAAUUGAAUUUCUUUUCUCAUUAAAUUUUUAUGCUGUU